CCCCACUCCGAAUCCCAAGCUAAAGGGCGGAGGGAUGGCAUGGUGUCCACCAACGAGAACCGGCGCCGGCCGCUGUCGUCCAGCGAGGUGGAGGGCGUGUCGUGGCAGGGCCCACGCACCGUCUUCCUCCAGAAGAACUCGCAGGGCUUCGGCUUCACUCUGCGCCACUUCAUCGUCUACCCGCCGGAUUCCUCCCUGCACAGCCUCAAGGAUGAAGAAAACGGAAAUGCAGCUGGAAAAGCAGGUGGGCGGCGGUCUCGCUUGGAGCCGAUGGACACCAUCUUUGUGAAGAGCGUGAAGGAACAGGGCCCCGCCCAGCAAGCUGGACUGUGUACAGGGGACCGGCUGGUGAAGGUGAACGGGGAGAGCAUCCUGGGGAAAACCUACUCUCAGGUGAUCGCACUGAUCCAGAACAGUCAAAACAUUCUGGAGCUUUCUAUAAUGCCAAAGGACGAGGAUGUGUUGCAGUUGGCGUACUCCCAGGACGCCUACCUGAAGGGCAACGAGCCGUACAGCGGCGGAGCGCAGCACCUCCCCGAGCCCCCGUCCCUCUGCUACUCCUCCCCCAGGGCCAGCCCCGCCCCCACGCCCCCCGGCCACGCCCCCCAAAGCCCCCCGGACAACUGGCAGUGCCGAGCGAGCCCCGCCGCCCCGCCCCUGGACAACCGGCCCGCCGGAGGCCCGGAGGCCGGGCGGUACCGCCUCCGGUCCUCGUCGGCCCUCAGCGCGCUGGAUUUCCACUUUGCCAACCACAACGCCGCCAUCGCCUCCGCCACGCUGCCCCCGCCGCGGAAGAGCAGCCUGCCGGCGUCGGCCCGCGCCCACAGCGACGCCCUGUGCCACCAGGCGCUGUCGGACUGGUACUACAGCCAGGCGGAGGCCGCCGAGCGCAUGUCCCCCCGGCACCGCAGCGUCUCGCAGGACCGCCUGGCGGAGCUGGGGCUGGGGCUGGCGCUGGGUCCGGGCCCGGGACCCCCGGCGGCCUCGGCGACCGCGGAGCAGCGCCGGAGAGAGGCGCUGCUGUACCACCACCACACCGCCGCCGCCCAGGACUCGUACUGGCUCGGGGGCUGGGGCGGCGUUUCGGGCCCGGGCAGCCGCUCGUGCUCGGAGAGCCUGCUGGCGGCCUACGCAGAAUACGAGCACAACUACGGCCGCUCGGUGGAGACGCUGGCCCAGGCCUCGGCCCUGGUCUCCCCGCACUACGAGUUCUCCUCCCAGAGCCCACAGACCAUCAGGGUGACGGAGCAGAAGGCUCCGUGUGGGCCUCAGCAGCAGACGUCCCCCCCCACGGCGCCCCCCGGCGGCCGGCAGCCGGGCCAGCAGGUAGCCGAGCCUCAGACGAGGCGGGUCAAGGAGGACCAGCACGGGGGCCCCGCCUUCUCCCGCAAGGCCGGACACCUCCUGCACCAGGCCCACUCCUUCAGAGAGCCCGGCGGCGGGGCGGGCCGGGAGGUGGUGCCCCGCCCCCAGUCCACCCCCGCCCUGUCUGUAUCGGAGGAGGACCCGGACCUGCUGUCCCCCGUGUCCCUCCACCAAGAGGUGGUCCUGAGGCAGAAGCCCCCCCCGGGCCGCAGGACUUCGGCUCAGACCCUGCGGCGUCCCGUGGACUCCCCGGAGCCCCCGGGCCCCGCGGCGUCCCCCAGCCCGGCGGCGUCCCCCGUCCCCCCGGGGCCCGGCUCCACCCGCAGAGCCAACGGUAGCCUGGUGCAGCACGCCUUCGACUCCCUGUCCUCCAUCCCCUUCAUAGAUGAAGCCACCAGUCCCACUGCAGAGCAUCCGGUCUCCACUGACACCACCUCUGUCACCCCCACCCUGUCCUCCAUCUCCCCCUCUGUCCGGCUUCGCUCUAAGGACUGCAGCAGUAUCAAAGGCCGCCGCUCCUCCUACCUGCUGGCCAUCACCACCGAGCGCUCCAAGUCGUGUGACGAGGGUCUGAACUCAUUCAGGGAGGAGAACCGGGUCUUCUGUAAACUGCCAAAAAGGGUCAAAAGCUUUUUCACUGAUGGGUCUCUGGAGAGCCUGCGGGUGCAGGAGGAGGCCCGGUCCAAGCGCCACUCCACCUCCGAGCUGGGAACCAUCACCUUCAGCGACGUGCGGCGGGAGGGCUGGCUGCACUACAAGCAGAUCCUCACCGAGAAGGGCAAGAAAGUGGGCGGCGGCAUGCGUCCGUGGAAACGCGCCUUCUCCGUGCUGCGCUCCCAUUCGCUCUUCCUCUACAAAGACAAGCGGGAGGCGGUGCUCCACGGGGCGGGGCCGGGGGCGGGGCCCGGCCAGGACGAGCACCCGCCCAUCAGCAUCCGCGGCUGCCUGGUGGACAUCGCCUACAGCGAGACCAAGAGGAAGCACGCGCUGCGGCUGACCACGCAGGACUUCUGCGAGUACCUGCUGCAGGCCGAGGACCGCGACGACAUGCUGGCCUGGAUCAGGGUCAUCCGGGAGAACAGCAAGACGGACAACGAGGAGAUCGGCUCCUCCAGGCAGGCUCUCAUCAACAAGAAGCUCAACGACUACAGGAAGCACAGUCUGACAGGGACCAAGCCGGACUCCUCCCCCAGAGCCUCCCGGAUGAGCAUGAUGCCCCCCUUCCUGCUGGCGAAGACUGAGAACAGCACGGUGAACCGAGGGUCCAGAUGUGAUGAGAACAAGGCUCUGUGGGGCAUCAACAUCAUGAAGAAGACCAAGAAGGUGGACAGUCCCAAAGCUUUCGGGGUGCGGCUGGAGGACUGCCAGCCUGCCGUCCACCACAAGUUCGUGCCCCUGGUGGUGGAGAUGUGCUGUGGCGUGGUGGAGGCUUCGGGUCUGGAGUACACCGGGAUCUACCGCGUGCCGGGGAACAACGCCAUGGUGUCCAACCUGCAGGAGCAUCUCAACAAAGGCCUGGACAUCAACACGGCUGAGGAGAGGUGGCAAGACCUGAACGUGAUCAGCAGCCUGCUUAAAUCCUUCUUCAGGAAACUUCCGGAGCCUCUUUUUACGGACGAAAAGUACAACGACUUCAUUGCAGCAAACCGGAUGGAGGACGCAGAGGACAGACUGAAGACCAUGAAGAAGCUGAUCCAGAACCUGCCGGAUCAUUACCACCACACCCUGAGGUUCCUGGUGGAACACCUGAAGAAGGUGGCUGACCACGCAGAGAAGAACAAGAUGGAACCACGGAACCUGGCGCUGGUGUUCGGACCCACGCUGGUCAGAACGUCUGAGGACAACAUGACCGACAUGGUGACGCACAUGGCCGACCGCUACAAGAUCGUAGAGACGCUCAUCCUGCACUCUGACUGGUUCUUCGGUGAUGGAAAGCUGGAGAAUCAGGAGAAGACUCCGGAGGAUCAGCCGGACAUGCAGCCCGUUCCGAACAUCGACCACCUGCUGUCCAACAUCGGCAGAACCGGCGUUCCGGCAGAGUUCUCAGAUUCCACCACCAGCGAUUCACUUAAGUCGAAGUUUUCUUCAGGUUCCAGAAGAGACCUGAACGCCAGAGACUUCCUGCCCAAGUCCAUCAUCUCUGCUGUGACCCGCAAACGGAAGAAGCGCCUCAGUAACUACGUACCGGGCAGCAGCGCCGACGAAGACUCCGAGCAUGAACCGGUCAAAGCUAGCAACUACCAAGGAGGAGGAGCAGCAGGAGGAGGAGGAGGAGGAGGGGGGGUAGAGGAAGAACAUGCAGCUCCUGCAGAGGACAGAGGGGACGAUGAGGCAAAGGGGGGGAAAGUUGGUGAAAGCAGAGAAGGCAGCGAGUCAUCGAUGGGCGAAGAGCUGAAGAAACAAACAGGAAGUAGUUUAAAGAGUCCCCAGAGAGACGGCCCCCAAAGACCACCAGAGGCCCCCCUCUACCCACACAGCUGCCUCUACUCUCAGCAGACACUCGGACCCCCCCCUGCAGCCCAGCCCCCCAGAGGACGCUCCACCAUCCCCGUCUGGAUCUCCCCCACCAGGCCCCCCAGUCUGUACCAGACGGGUCGGCCGCAGCCGGACCGGGGCCCCCUGCAGCCGGACCGGGGCCCCCUGCAGCCGGACCGGGGCCCCCUGCAGCCGGACCGGGGCCCCCUGCAGCCGGACUGGGGACCGCCUGUGGCGUUGCGCUCCAGGAAGGCUCGCAGCGGACGAGCUCGGGCGGUGUCCAUGAACCUGGACCUGAGCUACGAGUGGAGAACUGACAAGGUGGAGGUGGUCCGAGUCAUCGAGGCCGGGGGGCCUCGGCACUCCAUCCUGGGACCCGGGUCUCUGGUCCGUCUCUCUCAGGAGGCUCCUCACCCGUCCUCCCAGAGCCCCCGGGGGUCCUCCGCCGUAGUCCUGCGGAGAUCAACUCAAGACCCCCGAGACAAGACCAGAGCGUGGCGCCGCCACACGGUGCUGGUCUGACUGGACCGCUGGACAGGAAGUCCCUCCGUCAGGAGCUCCUCAAACUACUGCAGCUGGAGAGUUUCAUUCCACCUGGGGGUCCACCCGGGGGUCCACCCGGGGGUCCACCCGGGGGUCCACCUGGGGGUCCACCCGGGGGUCCACCCGGGGGUCCGCGGCCCCUCAGAGCCGCUCUACUGAGCUCCAUCAUGCUCUCAAAAAGGGGAAAGAGCUGAAAUGCUAAAAACAUCUAUGAAAUGGUUUCUAAAACCUGGAAUCCAAGAAAAAAGUUUGCUAAAAAGCAUUGAAAUGUUUAAAAAACAGAAACUAAAAUGGAUAGGAACGUGGAAAAAAGUAUUGAAACUACUGAAUAAAACAACGACUUGAAUGUCUAGCUAACAGAAAACAGCAGAAGGAGCCCAGCCUGGACGGAGGUGUAGCUCAGAGGCAUCAUGCUAACGCUUACUGCACAAACUGAUCAACAGCAACAAUCCAGACCAACAAACAAGUUAUGAGUUUACACCAAGUCUUCACUGCUACAGCACUGCCCCCUUGUGGCAGAGGUGAAAAGACACAUUACCACCAGAGUCUAAUAAAGAGCAGUGGAAUCAAUCAGUACUGAUCAAGAUAAGUGUUACUGAUCAGAAACACUACUUAAGUGAAUUUUCGAACAGCAGAACAAGAAAAAUACAAUCUGUAACAACAUGGACAAUUUUAACAUUUCAGUGAUCAGUCAAUAAAAUGAUGAGGAAAACAGUUUGAUCAGGAAACAGUCAGGAGCAGCACAUUCCUCUAAAGUCAGCUUUAGAGGAAGGUGUGAGAGAAUCCAGGAGACCCAGUGUCAGGAGGGGCCCUGAAGGCAUCACGAUCCAUGGGUUGGAUAAAUGUGAAUCUCUUGUCAGUGAUUGGCUGGCUGCUGCUCUGACUGGACUCAGGAGAGCUUUUUCUCCAAAAAUUACCUUUUUUUAAAAAAUAUAUAUUUUCAUAUUGUGCUGUGAAUUUAAACACACCAUGUUUUAAAUAAUUAAUUUAAUUAAAUAGAAAUCAAAUCCAGUGAGGGGCGGCGCCCUGUCGCCCGCUGCUUUAGCUAAAACUGACAAAUCCACUAAAAUUCAGCUAAUUCUGCUAAAACUGCCGUGAAAUGUGUCGCGUCUCCAGGCGGAUUCCUCCAGCGUGACGCGGCGAAAGCGUUUCUAAACCCGAAGGCGUGUUUGGAAUGAAACUCUUCAUUCGGCGGUUUUCUGAGCUCCUCAACGACUCACCAGCAAACAAUCAGCUGUUUGUCCUCCGCUCCUCCAAAGACGCUAACAUUCCCAUGGACGACAACCGCGCAUGCGAGAAGGAAUAUGCAAACCCCAGUGUGUGUGUGUGUGUGUGUGUGUGUGUGUGUGAGAUAAAGGCAGCUACUUGAUGUCAUGCCAAAACCUGGAUGUGUGUGUGUCGUCGUACCGCGUCAGUAUCAAACUCCUUCACUCUGAAAGCCGCUGGAUGGAAACCCUUCCUCCAAACACUGAGGCCUGACCCCGUCCCCGGACCUCCAGCAGUUCAGACGCGGUCAAGCGGGCCUCCGUUAUCCAAUCAGUGGACCAAAACCUGCUACUUUUAUUGAAAUCCUGCGGUCAAGCUUUCGUCGGUCAUCGAGCCGGCCAGCCGUGGUCCACGGGCCUCAUGUUUGACAGCGUUUUUGGGGGAUGGAACCCGUCCGUUGCUUUCAGAGUGUCUGCAGUGCUGUCGGUGAACGAGGUCCUCGCAGUGUUAACCCCGUCAUAUUUAUUUCUCCAGACGUUUAGUUUUGUAAAAGGAACCAAAAGGGAUGUGAACCAAACUGUCCUGCCAAGCCACUGUGGUCCCAGCCCGUCUUCUUCUGACCCACAAUCCUCUCUGCUCCACUCGGCGCAUGUGUGUUCUCCCUGCUGUGGACCAAGUCUGUAACAGCUGUACAAAGCCUUGAUAAG